UUAUGGAAACUUGAUUGAAAUGUUGAAAUGAACGUUAUGACUGUUAAGAGUGUUUGAAAAGAUGCUCCUCAAGCAAUAAAGUAAUAUCUAUAAUUUAAAAUAUUUAUCGUUUACUUUAAAGUCUUAAUUAGUAAUUAAAUCCAAUGACAAACAUCGUUGUGCAAAAAAUAUUUUGAUCUUUGUAACGAAAUUACUGCGAUCAAUUUUCUUUUAUUAGUAUUUAUUUAUUUCAUCAUUGCUUUACUGUUUCAAAUUGAUAUUGUAUAAAGAGAAAUUACAAGAAAAUGUCGAAUUUAAGAUUUAUGAAAGAAUUAAAUAAUGUAACACGAAUGGAUGAUGCUAUAAGGGGACCUUUACCGCGCUGGCAGAAAAAAUGUUUAGAAGCUUCAAAUUCCAGUACCAGUUCGAAUAUGAGUUUAAACUCUUCUCGAAAACUGGCGAAUGCAUCAGUAAAUAAUGUGAGUACUGGAAAGACGCCGACUAAACGAUUAGAAUUACGUACCAAGAAGACUCCAACAAAAUGUUUAAAAAAAUCUCCAAGUCGAGGUACAACUCCCAAGACGCCCAGUGGUGGAGAUAGAUUUAUUCCUUCAAGAUCGACAACAAAUUUUGACCUGAGUUACUUAAAGAUACAACAGCAAUAUUCAGAGCAGAAUGGAGAGAAAGAAAUUAAAGUUAGUCCUUCGAAGAAAGAAAUGCAACGACUUAUUGGAGAAAAUCUUCAUGGUGCCGAUAUCAACAAUAUGCGAGUAUUGUCGUAUCAAAACAAAGCUCCAGCACCACCUGAAGGUUACCAAAACUCUUUGAGAGUAGUCUAUAGUCUAUCUAAAACUCCAUCCAGUGUUAAAAAUUCUUCAAGGUACAUACCACAAGCACCUGAUCGCAUUCUAGAUGCGCCUGAAAUCCUUGACGAUUACUAUUUAAAUUUAGUUGACUGGUCGCCUACGAACAUUUUAGCGGUAGCGUUGGGUAACACCGUUUACUUGUGGAAUGCCGGGACUGGAACGAUAGAGCAACUUUUCGAAUUGGACAGCAAUGACUAUGUGUGCUCUGUUUCUUGGAUUCAACAAGGUCCUUACUUAGCAGUUGGACACACAUCGGGAAAUACGGAGCUUUGGGAUUGUAGUGAAAUGAAAAGAGCACGUGUGAUGAAUGGACAUCAUGCAAGAGUUGGAUCGUUAGCGUGGAAUCAUAAUGUUAUUACCACUGGUUGCAGGGCAGGGCAAAUAAUUCAUCAUGAUGUCAGAUUACGUGACCAUGUCGUUAGCACAAUAGAUGCACACGCUCAAGAAGUUUGUGGUCUAAAGUGGUGCCCGGAUGGAAAGUAUUUAGCCAGCGGCGGCAAUGAUAAUAUGCUGCAAGUUUGGUCUGCUGUCGCUGGUCAGAAUCACACCCGGCCGCAGCCUUUAUAUUCACUGAACCAGCAUCAAGCUGCUGUUAAAGCACUCGCUUGGUGCCCCUGGUCACCGAAUAUUCUCGCCAGUGGCGGUGGCACAGCAGACAGAAUGAUUCGGUUUUGGAACUGUAACACAGGCACCUGCUUGAAUGCAGUGGACACAAAAUCGCAAGUCUGUUCACUGUUGUGGUCAACAUCGUACAGGGAAAUAGUCUCAGGACAUGGCUAUGCACAAAAUCAAUUGAUAAUUUGGAAAUAUCCAUCGAUGACGAAAGUAGCUGAAUUGACAGGACACUCAAGUCGAGUGUUGCAUUUGGCAAUGUCACCAGAUGGUACGACAGUUUUAAGCGCGGGUGCUGAUGAAACUCUAAGACUGUGGAAGUGUUUCCAACCUGAUCCCACCAGAAAGAAGGAAAUCACCGAUGUUAAAUCAGUUGCUUCGAGACUGAAACAAUCUAUUCGAUAAUGCCAAGUUUAGUCAUUUUAUCAACAUGAAUUUCUAUUUUUAUAAACUGUAACAAUCUUUUUUUGUUCGUUAAAUAUAUUAUAAAUUACAAAUUAAAAUCAAUUUUCAGCUAUUUUUUUUUUUAAAUUAGUUCUGAAAUACAUUCGUUCGUUGAAUGUUAACCCUAUGAGGAUCAAAUUUUUUUUAAAUAUCGCGAUUUUUUAUUUUUAAACAACCUUUUUAUUAUUUCAAUCUGUAUUCAGUUUUUAAAAUGAAGAAAAAUAUGCAAGAGUUAAAGAAAAAAUGUUCAUGUUGCCUGAAAUCAUCACUGGUCCUCAAAGGGUUAAAAAUAUUGUCGAUUUUAUAAGACAAAAUGCUCAAAUUUUUAUUGACGAAUGGAUUUUGAUUUUUUCUUGUACCAGUGAUUCAAACGGCAUUUUAUCUUAUGAAAUUGUUUUUAUUUAUUGAAAUGUAUUACUUUUGAAUAAAAUUUUUAACUUUGUCUGAAGGCCAAAAAAUUGCCGUUAGGAUGAAUUAAUAAAAUCGAACAAAAUAUUUUAAAUUUUUGAAAGAAGGGCUAAAAAUAUGUAAU